GCUGAGACCAAACUAAUCAAAACCGAUCAGUCCUAUAUAAGCUUAGCUCUGAGGGUGCGUGUCCAAAGUACGUUAAAUCCAAGGAAGAACAGAAGAAAUGGAAUCAAAGUCAGCCCUUUAUGCCCCAUCAGCGCCACUCCCAAAUGUUCAAGAAAUGGUGAAGAUCGACCCUUCUCAGGUACCGGCAAAUUACAUCAGGAAUGAAACAGACAUUGCAAAUGAUGCAGCCUUCUGUCAUCAUCUUUCUUCUGAGGUUCCCAUCAUUGAUCUUUAUCUGCUCUCAAAAGGGCACCAAGAGGAGCUUACCAAGCUGGACCAGGCUUGCAAGGAAUGGGGUUUCUUUCUGGUGGUGAAUCAUGGAGUGGCAACAGAAGUGACCAACGGCUUGAAGGAAGCGGCGGAAAAGUUCUUUGAACUUCCAUUAGAAGAGAAGAACAAAAUUGCUAUCCCACCGAAUGACAUACAAGGCUAUGGACAUACCCAGGUGGAUCGCAAGGUGCUGGACUGGUCUGACAAGCUUGUUCUUCUCGUUUACCCACAUCAGUACAGAAAGCUCGAUCUUUGGCCACCAACUCCAUUCAAGGAUGCUAUUGAGAAAUACUCUGGUGAUGUUAGGAGAGUUGCAGAGGAGCUUAUCAGGUCUCUAUCUGUAAUCAUGGGGAUGGAGAAGGAUGCUCUCCUCAGACUACACCAAGAGUUGGUCCAACCUCUGUCUGUGGCUUACUAUCCUCAGUGCUCAAUGCCUGACAAAGUGCUUGGUCUAAGUGCGCACUCCGACAAAGGGACCUUGGCCAUAGUUAUGCAGGAAGAUGAUGUGACGGGACUACAGAUCAAACACAAUGGAAAAUGGGUACCGAUCAAGCCAAUUCAUGAUGCCUUUGUUGUGAAUGUUGGAGAUAUUAUUGAGAUGUGGAGUAAUGGGAAGUAUAAGAGCAUUGAACACAGAGUUGUGACAAACGAAAGCAAGGCAAGGAUCUCUUAUUCUACUUUCUUUUUACCUCAUCAAAAUGCUGAAAUUGAACCUCUUGACCAAAUGGUGCUCGAGUCGCCCGGUUCCCUUCCAUUGUACAAGAAAGUCACCUAUGGGGACUAUCUAAGGAAAACCAAGGAUAUGAAAUCUGAAGGGAAGACGCAUGUCAGUGAAGUUGCCAAGGUCGAAAGUUAGAGCAGCUAGCAGCAGAGGACAAGAGAAAUCAUCUAAAUCAAGUCUGCUUGAUCAUGACUUUAAUAAACGGACUGGUUAAUAUAUG